GAGAAAUACUUGAUGUUUUUCGUGUACAGAGUGGACGUCUUACGGAGUAGAAUAACAUAGAAAAUUAGCGAAUGCCAUGCUCUGGCGAUUACGAUCUGUUUUGUCAAUAUCUCAAAUUAUGUAAAAGGAAUUAAACUACAAAUUAGGAUCGAUUAGGGUAGGUAAAGAGAGCAUUUAUUUUGGAAAUACGUGUUUUAACGUCAUGUCAAGAUGUCCAUCCAACAACCUGUUCCGAGGCCGCGAUCGAAGCACGGCCACAGGCACAGUCAACAGGCGGCGAACUCCCGUACUCUUUCAACAAACGUGAGGCGCCUACAAGAGGAACUAACCGCAGUUUUAAACGAGGACGACCAUGCAUUCUUUGUUCAUGCUUUAAAUGAUUACAACGCAAAGAGGAAUGUAUAUUCACUGGUACAAAAUCUAAGGACGAUUUUGAACACUCCAGAAAAACAGAGAUUAUAUUUACUGCUUGGGAAAGUUGUGCCCAAUUCGGAUCAAGCCUUGUUUUGGCAACAUGCAGAAUUACCUCAACCAGUUAAAAAUGACAGAACAAUCAACAACAAUAGUAAUAAUACUAGAAACUAUAAUACAAUGCCAACGAGGACUCAACAAGUAAUUCAAAAUUGGAAUCCAGCAAUCGAACCGCAUGGGAAAACUAUCCGUAAGGCUGCUUCCCAAUCCGGCCUACCUCAACAAGAUGUUCAUACCAAUAUCCAUAGGAUCAUAUUGAAAAAAAGCAAGCAUGAGAACGAAGGAUUGGGAUUCAGUAUCCGAGGAGGAGCAGAACAUGGUGUUGGGAUUUUUAUUUCUAAAGUGGAUGUAGGGAGCGUUGCAGAGGAAAGGGGAAUACAAACAGGAGACCAGCUCCUGUCUGUCAACGAUACAUCAUUUGAGAAAAUAAGACAUGAAGAGGCUGUUAAGAUUCUGAAAACUGCCAAGAAGUUGAAUAUGGUAAUAAGCUCAGUGGGUCGUGUCCCUGGAUCGUAUGUGUCACAUCAAACAUACACAUGGGUUAACCCACAGGGUAGGAGUGUUUCCCCACCCCCAAAUGUGGCAGUUUUGAAGGGGAAGAUGACCGAGUCCCAGGGUAGGAAGAGCAGCCUCAAUCUAUUGAAUGAUGGGGAUGAAAGAAAGGUGAAUUUGGUGAUUGGAGAUGGACAAAGCUUAGGUUUGAUGAUCCGAGGUGGCCUGGAGUUUGGUCUCGGUAUCUACAUCACUGGAAUAGAUGCAUACUCAGUGUCAGAUGCUGCUGGCUUGAAGGUUGGAGACCAAAUACUUGAUGUAAACGGUAGAAGUUUCUUAGAAAUUGAGCAUCAAGAAGCCGUCAACAUACUCAAGUCCUCAAAGCUGAUGAUGAUGACGAUCAAGGACGUUGGGAAGUUGCCCUACGCACGCACCACAGUUGACAAGACACAGUGGAUAAUGGGGGAUCAGCUGUCGAUGCUAGACGGAGAUGAUAACACCCAGGAUCCAGUACCCGAUUUUCAGAACGGUAACUUUGUCGGAAGAGGGAUGGAAAUGCCCUCAUUCAAGAAAGGAAUAGCUGGUUCACAGAUCAUGUAUAACACAUCGAUGACAUGGAAUAUGAUAGAGGAACAGGCAAGGCAGCUUCUAAAUGAAAAUGAACGAGGCACAAUGAAGUAUUACUUGGGAGAGUAUCAGAAGGCCCACAUCUCCGUCGAUGAACUCGUACUGGCGUUAUUUGAGCUUCUCAACACACACGCAAAGUUUUCUUUGCUGUCGGAAAUCAGGAGCUUCAUGGUUCCGAAAGAUAUUGAUCGGUACGACACACUGGUAUUGAAACGUGAAGUUGAGGCUAUGAAGGCUCGUCAACGCAUUUUCCCACAGAAGGAGAAAGAGAACUCUAUCGGAGAAACGUUCUCCGGGAGUAGUCACUACUCCUCAGGUUCCAUCGACUCAAGGCCAAUAACUCCACCACAAAUUCCCAGCUCCAUUCCAUUUCCCAAAAAGGGCCAGUAUAAUGGAGGUAUGCACAGCCAUAUGAAUGGGUACGAGAAUUCACAGAUGAAUGGUUUUGGUGGCUUAGUGAACGGGUACAGCAAGCCACAUACUAACGGAUUUGAUUCAAAAGGUGGCAACUCAAAGUUACCAGACUUUCUUCCUGAUUUCUUGUCUGAGUCACCUCCACCCCCUCUCAUCAACUCAUCGUCAUCCCAUCUGUCACCCACAUCACCUGGAAACCAACAGACGAUACAAGCAGAUGUCCAUCGUCAUGCAUCAUUUGCCAAAUAUGUUGAACCGAUUUACAGCGAGGUGAAGAGUCCAAGUGAAGACAGUGGUGUUGAUGUGCUUAUGAACUCUGGACGGAUGACAGUACAUCGUCAUGAACCUCUUUAUGCUGGCAUGAGCGAUGCAGAAAGUCCACCGCCUGUCUUUGACCAUUCUGCACCCCAACCAACAAAAUCAAGACAUUCUGGCGAACUUGAAAGACGUCAUAGCUUUGACAGUGUCACAACAGACAGUUCUAAUAACAGCGUGUUGCUUGACCUGCCAAGGAGGUCAAGUGGGCCAACAAGUGAGAACGGAGUUCCAAGACGCAUUAGCGAUCCAACGCAUCACGUACCUCGAGACCAAAAACGAAGCAUAAAUCAAACUAAGAAAGCAAGUCAGCAACUGUACGACCUGAAGAAGUCUGACACGUCACCAACGUAUCCAUCAUCAAACAACUACUCAAGCAUCUACGAACAAAUACAACGAUCAUCUCACGAGAAACAGGGUACAAGCACUCCCUCGCCAAUGUCAUCUAAGAAUGGUACGCUGACGCUGAGCCCCAUUCCUGCUCCGCAGUCCAGCAUGGGAACGCCAAUCUACGCAACGGUUAAUAAAUCUCGACAGAGAAGUGGGAAAACAUCGGCUACAUCAAGCUCGGAGGUGGAAACCAACUCGAGGAACUCAUCACUGAGAAGCCGGAGUCCAAGUGCUGGCAGUGGCAGGUCAAGCCUUGGAAGCCUCAAGAGAAAUCCUGCAGUAGCUAGUAAGAUGGAUGAGCCUCCUCUACAGGUAGAAAUCCUUAUUAACAUCAGCGAUCGUGAUGCCAUAAAAAAAUACGGGGAAGAGGUACAGAUACGUAAAGUAAAACCAACACUGGGCAUUGCUGUAGAGGGCGGUGCAGGUACUAGACAGCCAUUACCAAAAGUAAUUAAAGUCCAGGGUGAUGGGGCAGCAAGUCACAGCAGUAACUUGCGGGUAGGCCAUGUGAUAUUGAAAGUCAACAACAAGUCGCUCUUGGGUCUGGACCACAAAGCAGCAACGCGCCUUAUUGCCGAGGCAUUCAAGAACAAAUCUCGCAGCUCCAUUGAUCUUCUCGUCUUAGACUCAAAUGCUUAUAGAAUCAUAUAUUAGAUGUUUUGUGACCUCAAAUAUUUAUAAAUGAACCGAAAGUAGUUGUAAUGUUUAAUUACUCACAAUGGAGUUUUCACAGAUUGGUAUAACACAUUCAUCCUUUUCUGAAAUUUAAAUUGAAACAUUCAGAUUUUUUCUAUAAUGUGAUUGGUCUGCUGUGGCAUUCUCUAAUGAUUUACUAUUAAUGAUAUUGUACAAAUACAUACAUGUUCACGACUAUGUUAAUAAUAAUAAAGAUCUGAAGCAAACUUUCCUCUUUGUUAUAAUACUAGUACUAGUAAUUUGCAGUGACUUUUAAUGUUUCUGUACAUUCACUAAACAAAGCAUUCCAUUUCUUUAAACCUUGAUUUUGAUAUUGAUGUAUACACUGCAGAAUAGAUUUUAUUUGAUAAUAGUUUAUAAUUUUUCAGUUGUUGGGAGUUUUUUUUGUAUAAUAAUAUUUGUUAUUCUUAAGUUGUUAAUAAUAAUAUGAAUAAUGUAUUAUACACUUUUUUUUUUAAUUAUUCAUAUAGCAGUGUUCUUCCGAAGCCGUUUUAGCCGUCAAUUUUACCAGUAAAAAUAACUGACCAACCAGUAAAAAUUGUGUGUUUUUGUAGAAUAAAAAAAGCACUUGUUAGGCCUGGGCUGGCCUUCAUUCAAAAAUUAAAAUCAUUCCACUGUUCCAGUCCAGGCCUAGGCUAUAAUUAUAUGUGCUGUUGUAUUUUGAAGCCAUUGAACACUAAGCUGGCUUUAUAUGGACAAAUUUACCAGUAACAAUUUUUCAAUUGGGAGAACACUGUAUAGUCCAACUCGGAUGUCAUUGUACAAUGCAGGCCAACGCCAUUUGUUGUGUCGGGUUUGUGUGAGUUAAAUGGAAACGCGGUAGGUCUGCAUCGAGGACAGUCGCAUCUUACAAUAUCAAAUAUUCUCUGGCUACAGCGGUGGCCCUUUUAUAACAUACGUCUUUAUGUACUAGGAAUCACCAAAAAUUUCAGCAGACAUAAAAAGUUUAAAAUUAAUACAACUAAACAAUCUUUAUAAAUAUAUAGAAAGUAUGCCAUUAAUAGUAGUACAUAUAUUGCAUAUUUCAUUUAUUAUGUCAAUUUGUUUUUGUGAUUUAAUAAGAGAGAACAGUUUAUUUUAUAUGCAGUAAUUUUGAUAAUUCCGCUUACCGUGUUGUGCCUAGAUAUUUAGGAUAUUCAUACCGUCCUCACAGGUGGCCAUGCAGUAGUACUUACUAUAAACCAUCCUCAGGAUUCGUUUCAUAGCCACUUCUAAAAUAAAAUUUUCCAUUAUUUUUGCAGUAUGGAAAAAUUAAAAACUAAAUGAUACCAUUACUAAAAUGGUAAGAAUAUGAUCAUGUGAUAAAACUAAUUUUUAAUUUGUUACAUUUCUACCAUUGUGUUUAACACAAUUGAUGUGUUUUGAUUAAAUAAUUUAAUUAUUGUGUCAUAUAUUAUUAUUUUAAGAAAUUGCCUGGUACAGUAAUUUUUUUUAUUUAUAAUUUCUGAUUUGCAAAAUAAAUGUACAUACAACAUUACAAGUACAUACAACAUUAUAAAUUUUUAACAAUCUGAGAUAAUUAAAAUUUCAGAUACUGUAUCUAGAAAUAAUUGUUAAAAUAUAUUAUUAUAUUAAAUACUGAUGUGGUUAAUGGUGUUUUGUCCAUUUAAGCUAGGAGCUAGGCAUUAUAAAGUAUAAUUUUUAACUGUAAAUAAAUAUGACUACUUAGCUUACUGUAAGUCAUUGAGUGGUUAGCAUUCCCGAUAGUUACUUAUUUUUUGUACAUAUAAACUGAUGUGAAAAAUAUUGUAAUAUAUUUUAUUCUUUUUCUGUAAUUUAAGAAUAUGUCCCACAAGUACAGAAACAAAUUCAGUCGGCAUUCAUCCUGGUCUGUCUUGAUCAUCUGGGUUGUUUUAAAUGACAAAUUGUGAAAAUAAUACUUCAAAAAAUAUAGUAAGUAUGAAGUCCAGACUUCUCAAGUUAGUAAAAUGCAUUUAAGUAACCAUUUCUUCAAAUAUCUGUAGUAAUACAAAAUUUCCAUAGCACUUAUUAAUUUGUCAAGCAAACUAGACAGGAUAAAAAUUUAUAGGUAACUUUUUCUUGGUAACCAAAGAUCCUGAUGGAAAAGUAAUGGAUAGACAAUGUGUAGCCCUAUUUUUUUUAUCGGUCGAGGCUUAAUGAUAAAUUUCCGUGGUAUUUUGGUCUAUUUUUUCUACACCCGUAAUUAGGCAAAAUUGUCAUAGUAACUACGGACAUUCUGUAAAAUUUGAGAAGUCUGGUAAUCUAUACAAAUAAUUAUAUCUGUGAGUCUAUUACAUAAAUGAACCAGCAAUUGCCAAUUUUCCUGGAAACCGUUUGGAUAUAAUAAAAUCAUCCAAGCAUGCUGUGAAAUUUAUACCAAAAACCACGUUAACAUCCUCAUUCAUGGGAAAACAUUCUCAAAUGUGUUGGUUUAUUGCGGUAUCUCCGACUACUAUUAGAAGAUAGGACUUUUGUAAAUAACAGUUAAAGUUUAGAGACACAAAGUAAAAUUAUUGAUUUUUAUAUAUUAUGUAUUUUAAAAAAUGGUUGACAUAAACAGAGUUCCUAAUCAUAGAAAAAAUAAUUGUAGAAUAAGUUGAAGCCAAUUUUAACAGAUAGAAUUGUUUAAAAUAUUAAUUUGCCUUUGAAGUAUGAUAAUUGUAGUAAGCUUUCAUUUGGUCAUCUAACCCUUCCAGAAAAUUAUUAUGUUAUUCUGUUGAAAGUGUGAUGUGUUUUAUACAUCAUGCAUAUAUUGUUGAAAUAAGGUAAUAUGGGCGCUCCACACAUUGUUACGAUGUGUUAUGUGUUCUGUACAAACGAACAUACUGUCACGAUGUGAUAUUUGCAGUCUUUAUGUUCAUAUACAUUUGCAACAUCAUUUGUGUACUCUACACACACUCUACAUGAACAUAAAAAGUUCAAAUUUCACAUCAUGACUAUUUCUACAGGUAUGUGUACAAAACAUAUAACACAUUUGUAACAAUGUGUAAAGUGCACAUAUUACCUAAUUCCAACAAUAUAUGUAUGGUGCAUAAAACACAUUAGACAGAAUAAAAUAAUUUGUGCACAGUACACAUACUUUACACAUAAUGUUGCAACAGUAUGUGUGCAGUGCAGUGUACAGGUACUGUUGCAACAUGGUAUGUGCACAGUACACAUAAACAUAUGUGUGCAUCAUGUUAUGUUGCAUGUUUACAUACUGUUGCAAGGUUUUUUGUUUUUUUUACUUUACACAUUUACUUGUAGGUUAAACAGAGGUGGUAUAUUGUAUCAACUAUAAUUGAAUACUGUACUUGGUCUAUGAUGUCUUGGAAUAUCAGUGUAUUUGCUGAUUUUUUUCAUUCUCUGCCUUUUUUAUAUCAGCCGUCCAUUUGUACUACAAUCAUGUACAGUACAUUCCGUCCUUUCUGUGCAAUACAUUGUCAUUGAACUUAUCAACCAUUCUUAACUCUUCAUCAUUCCACAAGAGUUCAUUGCUAAAUUGUAGACUUAGUAGAAUCUCAUAGAUUUUUUUUUUUACAAAAUUUAAUUAUCAUUGACUCAGUCUAGACAGAUAACCCUGAUGGGUAAUAUUCUCAUGGGUGUAUACAUUAUGAUAUAUGGUGUUGAUAUUAAGAUUGUACUUAAAAUAAUGUAGCUGUAAGUCUUUUUUUUAUUUAGAUAAGGCCUUUUACAUCUGUUAUGGUUAAAAUAGAUAAUCAACCGUCCAAUUUAAUUCAGUAUUUUAGAAGAUUUUAGAAAUAUUCAGAACCGUCCACAGAAAAAGAAAGUUCAUAUUUUGAAAAAGAGUACUGUUUUCAAAAUGUUGCCAACUGUUACUAUGUACUGUAGUGCAAGUUUUUAGGAUACCCUGUGACUGAGUUUUAUAUGUAUAUUAAUCGCUCCUCAUCCAAACAUUCCCUCGUUGUGUUUGGAAAACGUUAAUAAUAAGUUUAUAAUCGGCUCGGCAACUUAUUUUAGUGUUGAGAAUUUGUUAACCUCUUGUGCUAUAUUUUACAUUUAGAAUUUCAGCUGUGAUGUUUGAAAUAUUGGUUCAUUCCAUUUUUUUGUAAUGGUUAAAGAUAUUAACCGUUGUUGACCAGUCAAAGAGUUUGUUAAGUGGUGGUUUGAUCGAAACAUAAAAAUUAAUUUGUGUACCUUAUCCAUUUUAGUUAAAAGCAAUUUUUAAAUGAUAACAUAAACAACUGCUUGCGUUGGUAUGGAUUAUACUGUAUUGAUUUUUUGACAAUUUAGUUUCAUUACAUUUAGGUGUUAAAACAGGAUUUGAGGAUUUUAAGUUGUGGGAUGGGCAUUGAUUUCUCUAAACUUGGUUAAACUGGGGAGAAUGGAAUCGAAUCUGCUGUGUGUAUAUAGUGCUUCAAUGGAAUAGAUUUUGACUUCAGACGAUCAGUUGGCAUUUUGUAUAUUUGGAGAAUUAAAUGGCUGAAUAACACAAGCUUGCCUACUAUCA